AUGUUGGCGGCAUUUCCUCACCGAUCCUUGCGACAGGGGUUGUGGCGCCGCGGGUUCUCGACCGCUCCAGAAUUGUCAUCGCCUGCGUUGAACCUCCGUAAGAAUGUGUUUGCCGAAUUCUCGGGCCUGGCCGUGAAGCACAACUCGCUCAACUUGGGGCAGGGGUUUCCAUCAUACGGCACCCCCUCGUUUGUGAAAGAGGCUGCGAUCGAGUCCAUUCAACGCGAGAACAACCAGUACACGCGUCCGGGAGGCAACCCCGAAUUGGUCAAGGUGUUGGCGGACUUGUACUCUCCAUGGUACAAGCGCGAACUGAACCCACUGACGGAAAUCGUCACGUUCACGGGGGCGCAAGAAGGCAUCUUUUGCAUCUUCCUGUCGCUGCUUUCGAAAGGCGACGAAGUGCUCAUUGUCGAGCCGUUCUUUGACGCGUAUGUCAACAUUGCGCUGCUCUUGGGAAUCAAGACUGUCGGCGUGCCGUUGGAGAUGGACGUUGCGACCAAGGCCAAGUACAAUGACCCGUCGUGCCGCGACAAGUUUAGCUCGAAGGACCUCAAGAUCGACUUGGCCAAGUUGGAGGCGUCCAUCACGCCCAAGACGAAAAUGAUCGUGCUCAACACGCCCCAUAACCCGACGGGCAAAGUCUUUUCCAAGGAUGAGUUGGAGGGCAUUCUGGGCGUCCUGAAGCGCCAUCCCCAGAUUACAAUUCUGUCGGACGAAGUGUACGAGUUUGCGUGCUUCGAGGGCACCCCCCACGAGCGCAUUGCCACGUACGACGGCAUGUUUGACCGCGUGAUCUCGCUCUUUAGCGCUGGCAAGACGUUUUCGUGCACAGGAUGGCGCGUUGGUUAUGCGAUUAUGCCCCAAAAGUAUGCCGACCUCGUGGCAAAGACCCAUAGUGCGAUUCCAUUCUGCGGUGCGCUUCCGUUUGAAUUGGCUGUGGCCAAGGGCUUCCAGGCAGCCGCCACGAACGGGUACUUGAACGACCUGCCCAAGCUUCUCGAGAAUAAGCGAGACACGAUUGUCGAUGCGCUGGAAAAGGCCAACCUGAAACCCAUCGUGCCGGACGGCGGGUACUUUGUGUGCUGCAACGUGUCUAGCCUCGACUCGUACAACGAAUUUCGGCACUUGGAAGCCGAGACCGACUUGCCAGCCGAGCGCCGCCCAGACUACCAAAUGGCCAAGAAGAUGUGCAUGGAGCAAGGGCUAACGGUGAUCCCGACGUCGCCGUUCUACUCGAACGUGGCCAACCAACCGUCACCUGCGCUCGUGCGCAUUGCGUUUUGCAAGGACGACGCGACGAUCGAUGGUGCUGUCAAGUUGAUCGAGUCGAUGAUCUCGACCGACGCGUAA